AUGGCUAACAAGCCCACGCGAUGCGCGACCAAGGCCGCCAAGAGCGCGUCCGCACGUCUCUGUGCGGACGCCGAAGCAGAAACCACAGCAACUGAUGUCUCAUCGGUUGCUGAAGCGACUCAGCUUGUGUCACUUGGUGAUGCAGGCGCUGGUCAUGAAGACACUCAUGUCUUCACAGAGUAUGAGCUCGGAGUCUCAUACUCUCCUGAUACGGAAGACGGAUCCGUAUCAACGGCGAUCGAAUCCAAGCCGCCUGCCAAGCGUGGCAUGGAUGAUGCUUUGCGUCGUAGCAUCUUUGGUUCAUCUGAUGAAUCAGAUGAACCACCGCCGAAGCGUGCCAGUCCUUCUGUCGGCACAUCGCAGGAAGAGCGGGACCGCAAUGACUUGCGUCUCGCUCCCGAGAAGAAGGCAUGGAUGCCUCCAAAGUCAGUCAUGGAUCACUUGUCGGCGACGACGAGUGAUCGUUAUCGAACACGGUUGUUCGAUUCGUCAAGGAUCCAUCACCUUGACCCCAGCGCGAAAAGCUAUCGCACUGAACAAACUAUCGCACUGAACAUCGAUGCUUUCUUUAAACAUCGAUGGUACAGUGGAAAUCACAAGCGUGAUGGUCCCUCACUACUUCAAGCGUGGAACGCCUACAUCCAUAACCUUGAGGAUGUAGGUCGUGACGUUUGGAACGACAAACUUAUCAAAGCUCGUGAUAAGUUUGAAAAGCGAACCCCGACAGGUGCACGCUACAAGCUGCAUCGUCUGUCAAGGGAGAAAGGAUUACCUUGCCUCUCUUGGGGAGACUCGUGCCCAUGUUGUGUGAACAACUCUGCACGAGCACCUAAGGAGGCUUACCUCCUUACUAGCCCGUGGUGGCGCGUACGUAUCUCUAGUGAGAUGUACGAAGGGAUUGACAACCUGAAAUUCCUUUACGACCGUGCCGGGAAGACUUUCUCCGGCGGUCCUUCUGCGGCACAGGAUGUGCCGCGUCGUACUGCUCAACCAGACCCAGUACGUCAACCAUCACUUGGGAGCGGGGCUCCCAAGUAUCCCAGGACGGGGGAUAGCCGCGCCACCGGGCGAGGUAACUCGUCCGACGUCCGUUCACGUCGCGGUGGUUCAACAGCUGCUCUACUAGAUAGCGCUGGCCACCGCGAGAGUCCUCUAAUGGAGGUGGAGGAGGAGGGAAUACGCUCUCCACACGAUCGUGGGGAUCCGUGUGUUCCCGAGAGCUUCUUUGAUCGCGUAACUCUUGCGUUGCGCGGCGAUCUCGAACACGAGCGGAAUAGGCGUCUCCAAAUGGCGGACACUGUCUCGAAGCAUCGAGCUGAGUUUGCCUUUGCUCAGCUUGAGAGCGAGAGAGCUCUGACAUCUCUUCGUGACGAGCUAAGGGUAGCUCGUGGGAUUGUUGAUCGGUCUCGGGAUGAGAUAGCUGCUCUUCAGACCCUUGUUGAUGCCCACCAUCGGGAGCACAAGGCUCUCUGCGAGAUGCUUGAGCGCAAGGGCGUUCUUCAUCGGAAGAAGCAGCGUACUGAUGGUACGGCUUAA